GUUAUACAUCGGGCUGAAAGCAGCGUUCCGGAUAUUUAUUUGUACCCUGAAUAACUUCUACUGCAUCCCGGUUCAUAUGUGUUGGGUCCUUUUGCUCCAACCGAUAAAAUGGGCCUCAGAAGUGACAUACUGGUUCCUGGAGGGCAUUAUGUUCCGUUGGCUGUUGUCCAUGGUGGCAUUGUGGUCCUACAGUGCUGGGUACAAUGUUGUAGAAGUUGGUGAUGAUGUGUGGGAUUUGAUAGAAGAACGGACACUGGUGCUGUUCAACCAUCAGUCCACUUCUGAUGUGCCGCUCAUCAUGGCCGCCUUCAACUCCCGCCCCAAUCUGUCCAACAACAUCAUGUGGAUCAUGGAUCAUGUGUUCAAGCUGACCAAUUUUGGUAUCGUGUCAUGGGCUCAUGGGGACUUCUUCAUACAUGGGGGCAAACAUCACAGAGAAGCAUCACUGCUUGAACUGGGAUCACACUUACAGAAGUUCUAUAUCCCACGAAAGCGAAAGUGGCUGGUACUCUUCCCAGAAGGUGGAUUCCUCAAAAACCGAAAGGCAUCCAGCCAAAGUUAUGCCAAGAAAAAUAACCUUCCAGUGUUGGAAAAUGUUGCUUUACCUCGUGUUGGUGCCCUCAAAGUCAUAGUUGAUAAUGCAGCAGCAGAGCAGCAUACUGAUGAUACUGAUAAGAUCAAGUAUCUACUAGAUGUCACUAUAGCAUACCCAGGUGGACGACCACUGGACCUACCAACCAUUUUUGGAGGCUGGAGACCAGCGUGUGAUACAAUCUUCCAUUAUCGCAGAUAUAAUAUUGAAGAGAUUCCAAAAGAUGAGGAAACGUUGACUAAGUGGCUGUAUGCUCGUUAUGAAGAGAAGGAAGCUAUUCUCCAGGAAUAUUAUGAUACUGGCAUCUUCCCAGAUACUUGCACUACACAUGAUCCCAAGUUUGAAACAGUAGAGACACGCAGACUAACGGGGCAGAGAGUAGUUCAUGAUACUCUGGAAUUUAUCCUGCGUCAUAUUUUCUAUAUUGUUUCCACGUGGAUUUGGCUGUCAUUUUUGUACUGGGUGUUCACUUCAAUAUGCCAGUUGAUAUGGUGAUUCGGCUCUGGUGGGGAGAACGUACCUUGCGCUGUACGGGAAAAUGUGUAAUGACAGGUUC